AUGGAGGCGAUUCCAAAACUUGUCGCUGGAUUUCUUCUGCUGACCUUAUGCGUGGUUGGCUGCUCCAGCCAACACUGGUCCUACGGCCUGCGCCCUGGAGGGAAGAGAAGUACUGAGAAUCUGAUUGAUGCUUUCCAAGAGAUAGCCAAAGAGGUUGAUCAACCCGCAGAACGUCCGCGCUUCGAAUGCACCAUCCACCAGCCCCGUUCUCCCCUCAAGGACCUGCGAGCAGUUCUGGAAAGUCUGACUGAAGAGGAAACUGGGCAGAAGAAGAUUUAAACCCACUGAGUCAAAAGGAUUGUCAACACAAGUAUAAUUCUGACAUUGCAAUUUGUGACCUGUUUAACGUCUAUCAAUUGUGUGAAUUUCAGAUACGCUUAUGCUAAAUUUGCAUAUUUCGCCAGGAAGUGCUGUGUUAUGAAUAAAGUGGCAUAAAUGUUA